CCGCAAUCAUGGUGAUGGCAAACUGCGUUCAAUUUUUAGACUCGUCGCGAUAAAGGGGGCAGCUCCGGAUCUGUGUUUCCAACCUCCAUCAAAGAACCUGAUUGCCCCAUCUUCUUACCUAUUCUCCGUACUUUUUCCCAGUCCGGUCAGGCCGCUAGGUAAUAUAAACCUUAGCGCUGUGGAUGAACUCUGUUGCCCCCCCUCCACACUGUCCACCAUGGGCGUCGCAAAUAUUCCUUUGGACAAAGCCUACCUCACAGCUAUUUGGCUGGAAACCCUCUUUUAUGGCAUCAAUAUCUUUCUAUUUUUCUCGUAUCUAUGGAUCGCGAGGUACUGGCAGAAGCCUGGGGCUGUCAACCUGGUGGUCCUGUUCACGGCAAUAGCUAUGUUUUGCUUCUCGACAGUCCACGUGUCCUUGGGCUUCUAUCGCUUGGUUGAGGGCUUCAUAUAUCGUCGCGAUCUACCAGGGGGACCUGGAGGAUUCUUUUCCGAUGUUUCGAUACCUGCAAACGUUGCAAAAGUUUGCAUACAUACCAUAAAUUCUAUAUUGGGCGAUAGCAUUGUCGUUUGGAGAUGUUAUCAUGUUUGGGGUAGGGAUUGGGUCGUUUGUAUUCUCCCCAUCCUGCUUAUUAUAGCUUCGGCCGUUUGCGGCUUUGGACAGACGGUCAUCUUUGCUGAGGCCAAGAUGACGCAUAGCGCCUUUGGUCCGAAUUUGCAAAGAUGGAACGGGUCUCUUUUUUCACUGUCGCUCGUGACCAACGUCGUUGCGACAUCGUUAAUUGCAUUUAGAAUAUGGCAUCUCGGAAGACAGUUUACUUUUUCGUCUUCCUUCAGAUACCGUAGAGUCCUCACACUCGUCGUAGAGUCGGGUGCGAUCUACUCUUCAGCACUGAUCAUCGAGAUCACCUUGUAUUUCUUGAAUACCAACGCCUUUUAUAUCAUUUAUGAUCCUAUAGCUCAAUUGACGGCUAUAGUACCUACGAUGAUAAUCGUUAUGACCAGUUUGGGACUAACUUCCAACGACUUAAAUGAGCAGACAAAAUUGUCUGUCGAAACAUCACCGCAUUUUGCGUUAAAGCCUAACCGCGGGGGUACCGAGACCGGGACCGAUUCCGCCUUUGUUGCAGCCCCCAGGAGCGUAGUGUUGGGGACAAAUAGUGCGUCCGCGGAAUCAGGGUUUGAGAGGAGUUUAUACCUAGAUGUAAAGAGGGAUGAUCCAGUCCUCUACAGUGGUGGAAGCGGUUCCGAUAGGAUAUUGGAUAGCGUGUAAGAUGCGGUCCUGUAUAGGCGAUAGCCUAUGUACUAUAUAUUUCAGCUCUGUACAUAUUAUUUUACGGGGUAUUGAUCGGGGGAAGUUUUUUUUCAGGUGA